UUCCGGUGAUAAGGGAGACAACGAGACAGACGGCAGCAGCAGGCACAAGGCCUCGUCUGUCACUUAGAGAGAUAUUGCAAAUAAAAAAGAAUAGGAUUUAAGAUUAUAGAAACCAUCAGAGACAGUUCUGUUCACACCACGUUGCAACCAGCAAUCUCCGCUCAAUAACCAUUUAUUACUCCUUGUUGAGACUCAAGCGUGGGCCUACCCACGGGGGCUGCUCUUUAACUUGUCUAGGCAGCUCGCUGCAGCUUAAACAAAAAGAGCACACUCUUUCUAAAACGAAAACGCUUGGUUGCAGUUGUUUCUUCUUUGCAAGACAUUCUAAGUCACUUCAAACUGUUUGAUUAAUCAUCUUUUAACUUAUGAUAUUUUUUCUUUCGCAUACUUUCUGGUGAGUGGGCGCGUGGAAUUGCAUUUUGCUAGCUAGCUUGCUAGCUAGCAGACGUUCGUGUUACUAGCUAGCAAACUUGCUAGCGUGCUAGUGCCGGCUAGCUGGCUAACUACUGCCCGUCCGUCCAUUCAACCACGAUUCUAAUAUGUCGGAUUUUGACGAGUUUGAGAGACAGUUGAGCGAAAACAAGCAAGAACGGGACAAAGAGAACAGACACCGCCGCCGCACACCGUCCCGAAGUCGCAGCCGUGAGAGGAAGAGGAGGAGUCGAGAGAGGAGGAGCCGGGAUCGACGCAGCGACAGCAAGGAUCGCAGACAGAGACGCAGCACACCAAUCAAAACCAAACCACAAGAGGUUGCUGUGAGUAGUCGCUCUCCACACCGUGAGAAGAAGAAGAAAGUGAGGAAAUACUGGGAUGUUCCUCCCCCAGGCUUUGAGCACAUCACGCCCAUGCAGUAUAAAGCCAUGCAGGCUGCUGGGCAGAUCCCAGCCACUGCCCUCCUGCCCACGAUGACCCCCGACGGCCUGGCGGUCACACCCACCCCAGUGCCUGUGGUGGGCAGCCAGAUGACCCGACAGGCCAGGCGGCUCUACGUUGGCAACAUACCGUUUGGCAUCACGGAGGAGGCCAUGAUGGACUUCUUCAACGCCCAGAUGCGUCUGGGUGGCCUGACCCAGGCGCCUGGAAACCCUGUCCUCGCCGUGCAGAUUAACCAGGACAAAAACUUCGCAUUUCUCGAGUUCCGCUCAGUGGAUGAGACGACCCAGGCCAUGGCCUUCGAUGGCAUCAUCUUCCAGGGCCAGAGCCUGAAGAUCCGCCGUCCUCAUGACUACCAGCCUCUGCCUGGCAUGAGCGAGAACCCCAGCGUCUAUGUACCGGGUGUGGUGUCCACAGUGGUGCCAGACUCAGCCCACAAACUCUUCAUCGGUGGCCUACCCAAUUACCUCAACGAUGACCAGGUGAAGGAGCUUUUGACGUCCUUUGGCCCCUUGAAGGCUUUUAACCUGGUAAAGGACAGUGCCACGGGGCUCUCGAAAGGCUAUGCCUUCUGUGAAUAUGUAGACGUUAAUGUGAAUGACCAGGCUAUUGCCGGACUUAACGGGAUGCAGUUGGGGGACAAGAAGCUCCUGGUGCAGAGGGCCAGCGUGGGAGCCAAGAAUGCCACACUGACGAGUAUAAACCAGACCCCGGUGACGCUGCAGGUGCCGGGGCUGAUGAACAGCUCGGUGGUGCAGAUGGGCGGCCUGCCCACGGAGGUGCUCUGCCUCAUGAACAUGGUGGCUCCCGAGGAGCUGCUGGACGACGAGGAGUACGAGGAGAUCGUGGAGGACGUGAGGGACGAGUGCAGCAAGUACGGCCAGGUGAAGAGCAUCGAGAUCCCGCGGCCCGUCGACGGACUGGAGGUGCCUGGCACUGGCAAGAUCUUUGUGGAGUUCAUGUCGGUGUUUGACUCCCAGAAGGCCAUGCAGGGGCUGACGGGCAGAAAGUUCGCCAACAGGGUUGUGGUGACCAAGUACUGCGACCCUGACGCCUAUCACCGCCGAGACUUCUGGUAGACCUGGGGAAGGGGGAGGGCGGGAGGGGGGCAGGAAAGGAGCUUGGAUUGGUAGAGGUUUGAGGGGGAGGGGAUUUUCCCCAUAUUUUGUAAUAGGAAAGGAGAGUGAGUUUUGAGGGGACUAAAACAUUUUGUAUAUCGAGAGACAGCGGGACCGAGUUAGACUUUGAGAGGAAAGGUAAAAACAGCUGGAGGUUGGGGGGAAUCUGUUAAUUGCAAUCGAAGGGUGACUUGGGGGGGAGGGAGGGGAGAGCCAUCUGAAACAUGGUAUUUAAAUGGAGGGAGUCUGUCUUUACAUGUGGAAACAGAGGAAGAUGUGCAAGUGGGAUUGACUUCUCCCCACUCGCGCAGAGAGGAGGGUGGAGUGAGUGACACAAGCUGAAGAGCAGUCACAGAUUUACCAUAUACUCAAAUUCUGUAGCAGAGGACGUCUCCUGAGAGAAGGGGUCAGUGGGUAGAGUUUGGGAGGAGGGCGGCGUGAAGACGCAGAAGGAAAAUGGUCCAUGUGUGAAAACGAGGAGAUGGGGUUAGUGAAAACAGAAUAGUAGCAGUAUCAAUCUUUAUACAUUUCCCUCCAUUUCAGAAGCCGUUAACAGAUUGCUCUCUAUGAUACUCCUGUCAGUAGCAGCGUCGGUAACACUACUUGACACCCCGUAUUCAAAUUUAUAUUUACUGAAAAAUUGUAAUUUCAGUAGUUUACCAUUUUUAAUGGAAUCCUAACAUCGGCUGCUGUUUUUGGUGCCCAGAAUAAUUAGAGAAAUUAACAUUGUGCGUAACAGCAUACGAUCAUAAUUGCUGAGCACCGAAAUUCAUUUUAAUCUAUAGAGCCCAUGUUUUUUGUAUGCGCAGUCUCUCAACCUUGUUUUGAUAGUAAAACUAUUAAAAUGUUAGCUGUUGGGAUAAUGGUAUAAUUUUUCAUCAGUACCUUUUGAAGACACCACAUAAUGGCCAAUAGUGAACUGUACACUAAAAGUCACCACUGGUCUUUCAGUUAAAAUGAGGCUAACAUUUCAUUGAAAAUGUCAGCACUAGAUUAUGCCAAAGCUUUUGACAGACUAGUUUCAUAUUGUGGAGGACAAGUCGGCACGACCAGAUGGAAAUAUUUACAGAUACGUCUUUAUGUAUGAUAUAUUUAUUUCAACCCCGUGGUUACUAUUUUAAAUGCAGUCAUGAAUUUUUCAACACCAAGUGAACUGUUGACAGAAAUCUGGGACAGAUUUUUUUUUUUUUGACCUCUUCUCUCAGUGUGAGAUUGCUGUAGAUUGUAAGAACAUGUCACUAUUUGCCUCAGACUCCUCUCGUUUUCUCUAACAUUUCACCCCCCUUUUUAUUUUUACGUAAAUUACUGUACCAACUUCAUGCUAAUGACCAGUGACACAGUUUAGUGUUACACAGUACAGUAUAGGGUAAACACAUACAGCUCUUAGUUCCUUUGUUGUUUGUAGAGCUGUGGGGCUAAACUAUGACUUUGCGCUACCAAAUCGUUAUUGUUUUUGUUGGACAAAACGGCAGUCACAGACGGGGUUGUAGAUACUUAAUAGAUCUUCAAAUCAUACUUUCAGGCUGCAUUCUGCAUUACAAAGGUUUGAAAGAACUGUUACAAACACUUAUCUCUCCUCCUCUCCUCACUCACCUCUUGAGCUUUUAUCUUUACUACA